CGCAGGACAGGAUCGGAUGCGGAGACGAAACCACGACGUUUAGCCCCACCGAGAGCUUCGGCCGGAAAUGAAGUGCCAAUCCCUAGGCACGCUGUCUGCAAUCACUCGAGCGAUCCCUUCCACGAUGUCCUCCGGCAAUUUGAGACUCGAUUCCUCCACCAAUCGAUUCACAAAUUCCAUCGCGCGCUCCAAUUAAGUGGACGAUUGGCGCGAUGGCUUUUGAUUUUCGUCGUCCUUCGUCGGCGAUCUGGCGGGAAGGAUUUUAACCAAGUGCGGUCCUGUCAAUGAUGGAUCUGCGCGCAGCAGGAUCUGAUAAUUGUAGCAUUAACAAAGGGAUUUCGGUCUUGGGGUUCAGGCUCAUACGCUCUUAUCUGAAGUCUACAACAAAAAAGUGGGAGAGGCAGGAUUCGAACCUACGUAGAAAAACUUCAACAGAUUUACAGUCUGUCGCUUUUGACCACUCGGCCACUCUCCCAUCUUCUCUUAGCCCUUAUACGAAGCCUUUAAAAGAAAAGCCGCUUGGCAAAGAAAAGAACUUAGAGCACUUUCGAAGCGAGAUUGUCGGGGAGGUACUCUACUCCACCACUUCUGAAUUUGACGAGGCAGUGAACACGGGAAGGAGGAGGGACAUGCGACCUUCUUCUCGUCCAUGGAAGUGGCGUCGUUGACUUCCCGACAGCUACACAUCGUCGUCUAUUCCAAUCGUCGGCGAUUCAAUCUCUAUUCUUGUCGUCGACCCAAUCGUCGGCGAUUCCUGGUGCUAUUGGAGGGAUUGUGGUCAUUGUUGAUGUCUCCGGGAAUCUGACGGAGUGGAGACGGCAUUUCCGGCGAGGAGGAGAAGCUCCCGUAAGGAAAUUGACUGGAAUAAGGUACGGGAGAAGUUGAUCAGAAGAAUUAGUGGGGAGAGAGAAUAAUACAGGGUGGGGUAAUUAAUAAUUUAAUUUCUA